AUGGAUAGCCACGCAGACAGCGUUGCGGCGGCUGAGGCCGCGGCUGAGACCAUGGUGCCCGCAAACGCUGAGGUGCCAAUGGUAGCAGCUGAAGGAGCUGCGGUCAAGGGAUUUGAUACUGACUUGAUCCGCGAGCGGGCGGACAAGGAGAUCCACCCCAUCCUUGGAGAGACUUUCAGGCUGGAUGUGCACAGCGUUUCCGAUGAGGUCUUGCACGCCACCGUGGAGAAGCGUCUCACAGAACUGGAGAACGAGUGUCUUCAGAGACGCGCACAGAGUGCGGCAGCGGGGAGCAUGCCUGAACUAGACCUGCUGCUGGCCGCUGAGCCGGUGGAACGCAAGCGCAAGGGAGGCGCGCUUUCCAAUGAAGAGAAAGAGGCCUUGAAGCGGCAACGGAAGCAAGAAAAGAAGCUGGAAGGAGAGCGUAAGGCCGCGACUGCCGCGGCGGUCAAGGUCUUACCCGCAUUGAAGGACAUCAAGAAGAAACUGGAGGAUAAGGUCGGGAAGCUUGGUGAAGCCAUGGAGCAAGUGCCGAUGGCGUCGCACGAGGCUGUCGCAAAUGCGCAGGAGAAGCUGACAAGCACUGUGGACAGUUGCUCCAAGUUGAUUGAAGCGGCUGCAACGGGAAAAGCUGUGCCAGCUGUGCAGCUGCUUUCCCAUAAGGAUUUGCAGGCCGUUUCCAAACAAGGCGCUGCUGCUUUGCGUUCCCUGAAUGACUUUGUCCGAGGACAAAAGGAGAACAGCAACCCGAAUGCUGGGAACGGACGGGGCAAGGGCAAGAAAUCGGAUUGUCAGUUGCAUGACCUAGGGCAUGGGCCAGUGGAACUGCUGCGAGAGGUGGUCGGCUAUAUAGAACUUUCCGACGACGUGCCGGACCUCCGGCAAAGUCUUGCCGCUGUCCAGGCAACGCUGCUGCUGGUCCGAGCCUUGCUCCUUGGGUGGGACUGCCCACGCUUCAAGGAGCAUAUGUUCGAGCCCCCCAUGCCAAAGCUGGCAAAGCAUUGGCCGAAUCGCCAGUGGCAAUGCAAGCAUCCCAGCAAGGGAACCGCUUUGCGAGAGGUGCAGUCCUGCCGCAAAUUCAUGGCAGAGAACGAUCCUGUGUUCCAAGAGGAACCGUGGCUUUGGCUUUUUGACACACUGAACGGCAUGGAGCUCGUGCUGCAACUUGUCCUGCAGAGCAACUGA